AUGCCGGUGGUGGACCUCAGCCUCUCGCCCCGCUCCGCCUCCCGCCCGCAGUGCAACCAGUUCUUUGACCUCCUGCAAGACCUGGUGGACCACGUCAACGACUUCCACGUCAAACCUGAGAAGGACGCGGGGUACUGCUGCCACUGGGAGGGCUGUGCCCGCCAUGGCAGGGGCUUCAACGCCAGGUACAAGAUGCUGAUCCACAUCCGGACGCACACCAACGAGAAGCCGCAUCGCUGCCCCACCUGCAACAAGAGCUUCUCCCGCCUGGAGAACCUGAAAAUCCACAACCGCUCGCACACAGGCGAGAAGCCCUACAUCUGCCCCUACGAAGGCUGCAACAAGCGUUACUCCAACUCCAGCGACCGCUUCAAACACACCCGCACCCACUACGUGGAGAAGCCCUACUCCUGCAAGAUGCCGGGCUGCCACAAACGCUACACCGACCCCAGCUCCCUCCGCAAGCACAUCAAAGCCCACGGCCACUUCGUCUCCCCCGACCACCCGGAGAUGCUCAAGGUCCACCACCCGCCUCCCAAAACGCCCCUGGGCUCGCCGGAGGUGCCCUACGUUAACGGGGCGCAGCUGGUGAUCCCCAACCCCGCCGCCCUCUUCGCUCCCCCGGGGCUGCCGGCCUUGCCCAUCCCUUUGGCUCCGGCGCCCCUCGACCUCAGCGCUCUGGGCUGUGGGGCCGCCGGGGGUCUGCCCGCCCUGCCGGGCCCCGUCCUGCCCCUCAACGGUGGCCCCUUGAACUUGGCCAAGAGCCCGCUGCUGCCCUCGCCCUUCGCCGCGGGGCUGGGGCUGCCCGUCAUGUCGCUGCUGGCCAAGGCCGAGGGGGAGAAGGGCGGCGGGGGAGAGGGGCGACCCCCCAAAACCGGCAAAGGGUCGGAGAGCCGGAAGGAAAGGGGAGAAAGGACGGAGCCGGGGCGGCCGCCGCGGGUCCCCCCUGAGAGCCUGGCGCUGCUGCCGGGGGCCGUGCUCGACCUCUCGGCCGGCGUCGGGUCGGGGGGCAGCCCCGAGGCCCUGCCCCCCGGGUGGGUGCUCAUCCCCCCCGGCUCCCUGCUGCUCAAACCCGCCGCCGUGAAUUGAGGGGGGAAGCCGGGGGUUGGGGGGGGAAGGGGGUGUCUGACGAUGCCCGGGGCUGGACGCCGGCCCAGAGGGCAGAUUCUGCUCCCAGAGGGGGGUGGUGGUGGAGGGGGGGUAUCACCCCCUCCUCCUCGCCCCCAGCAGCCCCCCCAGCCCUGGCGGGGCCUCGUUCGCGCUUUUAACCGUCACGAAAGAAGAAGGGACUCUUCUGAGAAAAGCAAUAAUCCCUGGGCGGCCCGAGCCAGCUGCCACCCUGCGCCGGGGGCAGCCCGGGGGGGGUGUGUGGGGGGGUGUCCC